GCCGUGGUGCAGUUGGUCGCAGCUCAGUCGUGGCGAUCGCCAGGUGAACGAAGGUUGUGUCGCGCAGAGUCGAUUUUGGGAGCCAGGAGAUCAUCCUCGAACCAAGCCAUGUCGGGCAAGCUGAUCAUGAAGCGCAAGCGAGCCAGCCAGGAGGAGCAGCAGCAGGCGCCGGAGCAACGAGUCCAGGCGCAGGAGCAGCACCAGCAGCAGGAUGUGGCAGCUCCGGAGAAACGUCAUCGUCCGCUCACGCCACCCGCUGAGGAACCAGGACAGGAUUACCCAGCAGAGCCUGAUGCCCCCAACAGAAUCUUGCUAGAAGCCCUGCAAAAGAUCAUGGAGCUGCAAGCCGAGCUGGAUGCCUUCGAGCAGGAUCUGGACGAGCGGGAUGGCUAUGCGGCCGCAGGAGCUGAACAGGAGGAGGAGGCCGAGGAGAGCGCCGAGGACGCCGAAGUGGCAGCCCAGUUUGCACCACCCACCCCAGCCCAAAGGAGUCAGGCGGAGGCCAUGGGCUUUGCCAUGUGCGCCAGGGAAACGCUGCUCUUCCUGCAGAGCGAGGGAGUGCCCACGGAGUCGCCGCUCUACCAGACGCUCCUCGGAAAGCUGGUGGGCCAGAGCGAUGGCCUGCUGCACGCCUGAGAGCGAAUUGGAGGGCAGGAGCUGCUCCGCAUUCUAGUCACUUUGCUGCGAUCUCAUUGCAAGUAAAACGAGAGAGGAUUCUGGGGUGGAAAUCGGGCAACCCCGGGGUCUGCGUAGUCCUAAGCUGUUUACUCUAGUCAACUAUUGUGAAGCAAUAUAAAAAUCAUAAGAAACAACGAAGUGUAGAAAUAAAUAAAC